AUGCCUUUCUCCAAGCCAUCUGCUCAGCUUUGCUACAGCUCCCAUCCGGCAGUGGGCACAGUCAAGCCCGCGUUAGUCGUGUUUGUCAAUGGCCUUGGACUGCCGCAGACCUCAUGGGAGGGUACUACUGACCGAGACCCUGGCGACAUCACCGCUGAGCACCCCAUGCACGGCCAUGAUACUUUGACAGUAGUCCGGGAUCUGCACCAAUUGCUCACACAAGUCGCAUCGGAGAAGAUGGGUAUAUACGAUCUUAGCUGUCUGCCACUUGUGUUGGUCUCUAACUCGAUUGGCGGCGCGCUGGUACGACUCUAUGCUCAAGAAUAUCCCGGUACAGUGACGGGUCUUCUUUUCCUCGACAGUGUGCUCGCAAAUUCCGACUUUGUCUCCAUCUAUCCAGACCCUGAUGCGCCUGGCUUCGACCCGACCAGCUUGCCAGAAAGGGUUACUAUGAAUGCUAUCCAUGCUGCUCGGGCGUAUAUGCAACAGGGGUUUCACCCCAACAAUGGAAGUCGCGAGGGACUCAGUCGAAAGAAUCUGGCGCAACUCUUACCGGACAGUGACGGGCCCAAGUUGCAGGGUCCGGACUGCCGAGGUCCCUGGGUUACUGUCGUCGGCCAUGAGUUUGAGGCGUUCAAGGUUGAUUUUGAGCAGAUGGGUGGCGCCCCCCCAAGGCUUACGGAAGUUUACAUGAAUUCUUACUGGCAUCAUUUCAACCAAGGAUUGGCCAAGCUCACCGAACCGGAUCGCAGUAAGGGCCCUCUCCAGGCUCUGGGGGCCGGCCAUUUUGUCCAGAGAGACAACCCGGAGCUAGUCUCUAAAGAACUACGCGAUAUUCUUGAUAAGAUCCUUUGA